CUCCGCCAGCAUGUCCGCCCGCUGCUGCGCCGGCCAGUUGGCCUGCUGCUGUGGUACUGCUGCUUGUUCCUUGUGCUGCAAAUGCUGCCCCAAGAUAAAACAGUCAACCAGCACCCGCUUCAUGUACGCGCUUUACUUCAUCCUGGUGACCAUCAUCUGCUGCGUCAUGAUGUCUACAACAGUAGCUAAUGAAAUGAAAACUCACAUUCCUUUCUACAAGCAGAUGUGCAAAGGUAUUCAGGCGGGUGAGAUGUGUGAGAAGUUGGUGGGAUACUCUGCGGUGUACAAAGUCUGUUUUGGAAUGGCCUGUUUCUUCUUUUUAUUCUUCUUGUUCACCAUCAAAAUUAACAACAGCAAAAGCUGCCGAGCGUACAUUCAUAAUGGAUUCUGGCUUAUUAAACUUAUAGUUCUGGCAGCGAUGUGCUCAGGAGCCUUCUUCAUUCCUGAUCAAGACACUUUCCUCAAUGCCUGGCGCUAUGUGGGAGCAACAGGAGGGUUCCUUUUCAUUGCCAUUCAGCUCAUCCUGCUGGUUGAGUUCGCACACAAAUGGAAUAAAAAUUGGACUGCAGGUGCAAACCACAAGCAGAUGUGGAAUGGUUUGCUUGCCUUGGUCACUCUCAUCCUGUACUCCAUUGCGGUGGCUGCUCUGGUCCUCAUGGCUCUCUUCUACACGCGCGCAGAGGGCUGCAUGUACAACAAGGUCCUGAUUGGAGUGAAUGGUGGCCUCUGCCUCUUUGUGUCCCUGGUGGCCAUAUCACCCUGUGUCCAGAACCGCCAGCCCCAUUCUGGCUUGCUGCAGUCAGGAGUUAUCAGCUGCUAUGUCAUGUACCUCACUUUCUCAGCACUAUCCAGCAAACCACCAGAAACCAUCCUGGAUGAAAACAACCGGAAUAUCACAAUCUGUGUACCUGAAUUCAGCCAAGGCCUGCACAGAGAUGAAAACCUUGUUACUGGCUUGGGUACCACGAUUCUGUUUGGCUGCAUUUUAUAUUCUUGUUUGACCUCAACAACACGUGCAAGCUCAGAGGCACUGCGAGGAAUAUAUGCAACAGCUGAAACUGAAGUUGCUCGUUGCUGCUUUUGCUGUGUACCUGAUGGAGACGCUGAUGCUGAAGAGCAUGUUGAAAAAAGGGGAGGCCAGACUGUGGUUUAUGAUGAGAAGAAGGGCACAGUGUACAGUUAUGCCUAUUUCCACUUCGUUUUCUUCCUGGCUUCUCUCUAUGUGAUGAUGACAGUAACCCAUUGGUUCCAUUACGAAAGUGCUCAGAUUGAAAAAUUCUUCACUGGAACCUGGUCUAUCUUCUGGAUUAAGAUGGUCUCCUGUUGGGUUUGUGUCUGUCUAUACUUAUGGACUCUUAUUGCUCCACUCUGUUGCCCAACCAGAGAGUUCUCAGUGUGAACAGUUAAAUCGUAAUUUUAAGUUUCUCUCUUUUAUUUUUUUUUUUGGAAUGAGGAAACACCUGUUACCCACUUAUCAUAAUGUACCAAUUACUAUCUUUUAGUCAGACUAAACAAAUGAUUGAAGACUUUUUUCACCAUUUUUUAUUAUCAUGAACAAACAUUGCCUAGGGGAACAAAUCUGUUUCAAAACUUUACAACACUUAUGUGUGGUGUGUAGAAAACACAGUUCUUACAUAAUGCAUAAACUGAAAUAAGUGAAAUACUCUUCAAAUAACUGACAAUCCUUCUCUGGCUUCAUCGACAAGAAAAGAAAAACUCAUGGUGCAGAUGGUAUCUUCUUACUUCCCAUGAAUGUUUCCAGCAAAUAUGCAUUCAUUCCUUUUUAUACUCUUUCAUUAACUGUUUCUUUUACAGUUUGCAGUGAUGAUUUGGACUGCUGUUUUGUACAGCAUAUAAUUCUUGUAAGUAGUAUCCAGAUAAUUUUUUUCCAAAAACAUAUCUAAGUACUUCUGUAGAAAUAAGAGAAUAUAUAAAAUUUGACUGCCAAAGCAUCUACUAAAAAUUGUUUAUCUAAGUAUUAAAUAUAUUAAGUUAUUUUAUACCUAGAUUGAGAAAGGAAUGUACCAAUGAUAGUAUUUAUUCUAUUAUUACUUUAAAGGCACCUGGAUAUUUUAUGCAAUUCAGAUUUAGCCCAGUUAAAAACUGAAGGGGAAUUCUACACACGAAUUCUUAAAUUGAAUUUUGUCCAAUUUUGCUUUGCCAGGUCGCUCAAAAAUUGAGUGUACUGCAUGGGGAUGUAAGAUAAGGUACAUUCUUUAUUCACAUUGUUAGCUGUUGAGAAAAUAAUAGUUAUAGGAGCAGUGCCAGUUGCUGUUAAAUUUAAAAGAGGGGUGCUCAUUUACUUUUGUGCUCUGUUGUUUCAGCUUCUGUCUAAAGGUCUCCGUGGUCUUCAGUUCUGUUUCCGUGACUAGUUUUAUAAUAUUUUAUAUGCAUUGAUGGUCAGAAAAGGACUAUAGUGUGUCAUAUAUCCCUUUCUGCUUGUGUGUUGGUUGGAAAGUAUUUUUUCUAACUGCUAUAUUUUUAUACUCCUCUGUUGAUAUUAGUUUUGCUGUUGGGAUGGGACUUAGCCAACCAGUAUAUUAAUGGAGACAGAGAUUCUUUUGUAGAACUCCUCUUCUAAGCACUGGAAUAAGCAGUCAGAAAAGAAAAACCAGGAGACACAAAUAUAACAAGCAGCUGCCUUAGUACAAAUUACUUGAUGAUACGAAACACUACCUUGUCACCUUUUUUAUAUUAAUUUAAGCAGAUGAUUUGGUGGUAAAGCAACAGCCCAAAUGCCCUGAAUGCUGAAAAAGGUUGAAACCCCACAGUUCAUAUCUGCAUUCUGGUGGGAUGAAUUUAUGACUUGAGCUAGUCUGGUGGUUUCUGUUUUCUCUUGACAUGUAUAUUCACACACACGUACAGUACGAAAUAUCAACCAAUUUAGCAGCUCUCUUUCUUUUUUUUUUUUUUUUUUAAUAUGAUUGAGCCUUAAAUCUUCAUCCACUGCUUUCUGCAAAUCAAAGAAAAGCACAACGUGGAGGCCAAUGGGUUGGCCAAAAGAUUUGCAUGCCUUAGUUGUUCUGUUGUAAUAAUUAAUGGCUAAUGCCCACCUGAUGAGUAAUCUUAACUUA